AGAAUGAACAUUCAAAAUGAAAUCUUGCAACCAAAUCAAAUUCUAAUCUGAUAAAAUGCAAUGUCUGCAUAUCUGAAAAUCUUGAAGUAUCGGUAACGUCAGAUGUGACAUUGAAAUGGUUAGAGAGUGUUAGAUACAUUCUGAAUCAAGGCUAAAAAGCAUUUAAUGAAUGAUCCGAAGUCUAAAUACGGCAGCAAAUAUUUUCCAUGAAACUAUAAUGUAUAUGUAUAAGCUUGAGUUCAUUGGUCUUCUUUUUUUUAUAAAUUCAGUGGCAUUGGAUGCAUCAUCCCUGUGAAGUUUACAUUCAGUGCAAUUAUACCAUUCCUUUCAUAAAAUAGUACUGUUUUAAUUAAAAAACGCUCUAUUUCCACACUGUUUCUCAUAUUGUAGAACAUAUUCGGUUGUAAUCAUAUCUUUUGAUCAGGAAGAUCAACGAAAAUUUUCCUACAAAUUGUAUUUUACGAAACCUCACAGUGCCUCUUCUAUGGUUGUGAAAGUGGGUUGCUUUCGUGUCAUUGCCAUACGCUAUACAACAGUAUUCGCCGCGAAAACUGCUACGUAGACGAAAACAGAUUGUGUUGGAUUGUCGGAAAGCGUGUCUUAAGAAAGAUAUAAUAAUUAAAAAUGGAAUUGUUUCGAUGAAUAUCACGUAUCUGAUUGUUCGAUUGUCACGGAAAUAUGAAAGUAUCAACUACAUAAAGUAAACACUUUUCAUUUACUGAGAAAAUACAUCUUGAAAAAUGGAAGAAAGUUCGGUAUUAUGGAUGCUUUCCUUAGUGAUGUUAAUUGGUUCCUGUAUUUCUGGAUCAUUACCUUUAGUCAUGAAUUUGUCCGAGGACAAAUUACAACUGACUUCGAUACUUGGUGCAGGACUUCUUGUUGGCACUGCGUUAGCUGUGAUAAUACCUGAAGGUAUAAGAGCAUUGUUUACUGGUGGAAGCAACAGCCAUCAAGAAUUACACAAUGAUCCUCACUCCUUAAUAGGCAUUAGUUUAAUACUUGGUUUUGUAUUUAUGCUUCUGGUUGAUCAGUGCUCAGCUAGAAGAAGUGGAGGAAGAGAAAGAAGUGUUACUGCUACAUUGGGUCUUGUAGUUCAUGCAGCAGCUGAUGGAGUUGCAUUAGGAGCUGCUGCAACUACAUCGCAAGCUGAUGUAGAAUUAAUUGUUUUUUUAGCAAUAAUGCUGCAUAAGGCUCCAGCUGCAUUUGGUCUUGUAUCAUUUUUACUUCAUGAAGGAGUAGAUAGGAAAAAAAUAAGUAGGCAUCUUUUGGUAUUUUCUCUUGCUGCACCCUGCCUUGCUCUUCUAACUUAUUUCGGUAUUGGGAAGGAAGGAAAAGAAACUCUUAGUAACGUUAAUGCAACUGGUGUGGCAAUGUUGUUUAGUGCAGGCACAUUCCUAUAUGUUGCAACUGUGCAUGUUCUACCAGAAUUAAUGACGAGAAAUAGCAACUAUACCCAUUUACCAACUGCUGACAACAUGACAGUGACUUCUUCAGGGCUCAAAGUUAAAGAAAUAUUAGUUUUAGUGAUAGGCUCAUUGCUGCCUUCAUUGAUUACAACUGGUCAUCACCAUUGACAAAAUCAUCAUACAAAAAGUACAUUUAUGUUUCCAUUGUGUAUAAUAUAAAGUAUCUCCCUUAUCAGAGGGUAUAAUUUUUUAAUAAACUUCAUGAUUUUUAUUUGAAAUCAUGAGGGUGUACCUAAAAAAUUUGUCUGUUUGGACAUUUUUUUUAGUAAUAAUUAAGUGAUACAUUCUAUGUAUUGUAUAUAAUUGUAGAAAGGGCAUAUCACAUAAUGAUUAUACAUUUGUAUAAAUUUGAAAAAUAGACGUAUAGGAUACAAAUAUUGUGUACAAUAAUAGAAAGACAUUUAAAUGAGUUUCUAAUUUUCAGUGAUACUUAUUAAGUAUUAUUUAUCAGUAGACAAAUUUUUUAUACAGAACUCAAAUAUUUUUAUUCUUAUAUUACUCCAUGCUAUUACCAAUUCAUUAUAUUUUCUAAUAUGUAUUUACAUGCUAUACGCUACAUUUGAAACCAUAAAAAUGUUUUGUAAUUUCACUCCAUAAAAAAUGGUGAACAAAUAUAAAGAUUUCGCACAUGAUGACCUAUAUAUAUAUAUAAAUAUAUACAUGAAACUGA